AUGACGUUCCUGCCGAUUUUCGUGAUACCAAUGCUGGCAUUUGGAGGGUUUUUCAUCACCUAUGAAUCUAUACCAGGCUAUUUCAUGUGGCUCUCGGCUUUGUCCUACUUUAAGUACAGCUAUGAAGCCCUUGCAAUAAAUGAAUGGGAGACGAUAGAUGUCAUUCCAGGCUGCCAAAACCAUACCUUCAAGUAUAGGCAAUGCCCAACCUCCGGCGCUCAAGUGUUGGAACAGAAAAUUCAUUUCAGCCAUGCAAAACCUUGGAGACUUCUUCUUGCGUGUCUUUGCUUUUUUUGCAUCGAAGGCAUUUCUGCACGAUAUCCUAAGCGAUUUGAAAUAGACUUGGACGCUCCACCCAGCCAAAGAUGGAACGAGGUCGUGAAGUAUCAUCGUGACGACAUUCCAGGCUUCAUCAAAGCUGCG